UUAGAAUCCGAUUGAUCUCCUUUUUGGCAUUUGAAAAUAGUUAACGUGAGUGGCGGAAGCGUCUGAGCAUAGCAACCUUUAGGCAUCCGAGCACACAUAUUUCAAACGUAUUUAUUGGGAGUUCUGGUCAUUUUCAGGGAUAUUUUGAUGACCCUGAUGGUAGUUUAAACUUUCUUAUGUACUAUGAUCUUAUAAAAACACUCAUUAGGACCCGAGUAAUCUCCUUUUUAAACUUUGGAAACAGAUAAUGAAGCUGUAUAGACCAUCGAAUAAUCAAAUACAUGAAAAUGGCAACUGCUCUACUGAUAUUGUUCAAGGCCAAGGCUCCCACUUCCCUGCUGCCAGACGCUAGUGUUUGUUGCCUCUCUAAAUAAUCUUCUUUCCUGCCGGUGUUGCCCGUGGCUGUGGUGAGAAUAUCUGAUUUUGGUAUUGUUACAGUACGUGCGAUUCAUCAAGCCAUGUCACCUAUCCUCGGCUACUGGAAAAUCCGUUGUCUGGGACAACCCAUACGUCUUCUGCUGGCGUACAAAAGAGUCGAGUAUGAGGACAAGCGGUACGAAGUUGGGGACCCUCCAGAGUAUGACAAGACCUGUUGGUUCUCCGUCAAGUUCAAGAUGGGCUUCGACUUCCCUAAUCUGCCUUACUACAUAGACGGGAACGUGAAGAUAACUCAGACGCUCGCCAUCCUGAGGUACCUGGGACGGAAGUACGGGCUGGAGGGGAAGACGGAGGAGGAGAAGAUUCGAGUGGACGUCCUGGCAAAUCAAGCAAUGGAUUUGGCGGAUCAGCUUUUUACUGUCUGCUAUUAUCAAUACGAUCGCAAGCCACAGUUCCUGAAGGAGUUGCCCGCCAAGAUGAAACAGCUGUCUGACUUCCUGGGGGACAGAACCUGGUUUGCUGGGGAGACGCUGACCUUCGUCGACUUUCUGAUCUACGAGUUCUUGGAUGAGCAUCGCAUCGUGGCGCCAACCUGCCUGGACGGUGUCGUAAACCUGCAGCGCUUCCUGGCCCGUCUGGAAGCCCUGCCGCCCGUGAAGGAAUACAUGGCGAGCCCCUCUUUCUUGCCGGCACCGCUCUUCAACAAAUACUCGCUCUACGAGAUCGAACAGCGGGCACUCAAAGGAAAAAAGUAGCGAAGGUUUAGCUGAUCAAGGAGGAGGAAGAUGAUAAUGAGUUGGUUUUGAAGAAUCUUUCCGUCACUGGGAUCUCAAGGCGGGGACAUCAUAUAAAUAACAAAAUAAAAGUAAUGAUAAAAACUGAGUAAUUUUA